GGCGAUCUUGUUCCUCCUUCCGCCAACGUUGCUCCUACUCCUACCGAUGCUACUCCAGUUCCUUCUUCUGUUGGCACUAUGCCAGCACCUCAGGGUUACGCUUCGACUGUUCCUGCCGACGGAACGCCUCUUUCUCGCCGAGCCAACUCCUUCUCUACAAGCAUCGAUGAACUUUUUGGAGACAUUGGAGGCAGUAUCGGCAGCGAGGUCAUUAGGCCUCCUUAG